GCCUGGAAUCAGAGUCGAACGCGGCCCUGCCGCUGUUCUGUGACAGGAGCGCCGUGGAGCCGGGAGCAGGUGCGGCCGCCCCUAACGGGCAGGAGCUGGGAGGAAGCAGCAGCAGCAGCAAGCAGAGAUGGCGCGGCUGGUUGCAGUUUGCAGAGACGGGGAGGAGGAAUUCCCUUUCGAGAAGAGGCAGAUUCCCCUUUACAUCGAUGACACCCUCACGAUGGUGAUGGAGUUUCCUGAUAAUGUGCUAAACCUUGAUGGACAUCAGAAUAACAGCGCACAGUUAAAACAGUUUAUUCAGAGACAUAGUAUGCUCAAGCAGCAGGAUUUGAACAUUGCCAUGAUGGUGACAUCACGUGAAGUUUUGAGUGCCCUCUCUCAGUUGGUGCCCUGUGUUGGCUGUCGUCGCAGUGUGGAGCGUCUGUUCUCUCAGCUUGUCGAGUCUGGAAACCCAGCCCUUGAGCCUCUCACAGUGGGGCCAAAAGGUGUUCUUUCUGUAACUCGAAGCUGUAUGACAGAUGCAAAGAAGCUUUACACACUGUUCUAUGUGCAUGGGUCCAAACUGAAUGAUAUGAUUGAUGCAAUUCCCAAAAGUAAGAAGAACAAGAGAUGUCAGUUACACUCCCUGGACACACACAAACCAAAACCUUUGGGGGGAUGUUGGAUGGAUGUGUGGGAGCUCAUGUCCCAGGAGUGCAGGGAUGAAGUGGUUUUGAUUGACUCUAGUUGUCUUCUAGAAACAUUAGAAACCUAUCUACGAAAACACAGGUUUUGCACUGACUGCAAAAACAAAGUCCUCCGGGCUUACAACAUCCUUACUGGUGAGCUGGACUGCAGCAAGGAGAAGGGCUACUGCGCCGCGCUCUACGAGGGGCUGCGCUGCUGUCCCCACGAGCGCCACAUUCACGUCUGCUGCGAGACCGAUUUCAUCGCCCAUCUCCUGGGCCGGGCUGAGCCAGAGUUCGCAGGAGGGUAUGAGCGAAGAGAAAGACAUGCUAAGACAAUAGACAUAGCCCAGGAAGAAGUUUUGACCUGCUUGGGCAUUCAUCUUUAUGAAAGACUACACCGAAUCUGGCAGAAGUUGCGGGCUGAGGAGCAAACAUGGCAGAUGCUGUUUUACCUAGGUGUGGAUGCUCUGCGCAAAAGCUUUGAGAUGGCUGUGGAAAAAGUGCAGGGCAUUAGUCGACUGGAACAGCUCUGUGAAGAGUUUUCAGAAGAGGAAAGAGUGCGGGAGCUUAAACAGGAGAAGAAACGCCAAAAGCGAAAGAACAGACGGAAAAAUAAGUGCGUGUGUGAGAUCCCUGCUCCUGGGCAGGCCACAGAAGAGAAGGAGAUCAGUCAAGCAAAGGAGAAUUCAAACUUCAUAGAAAGCAGUUGCAAAGCCUGUGGUGGCAGUGAAGAGGCUAACAGCUGUGUAGAAGUAAUUGUUACCAAUGAAAGCACCUCUUGCACCUGUCCUAGCAGUGGUACCCUAUUAGGCUCACCUAAAAUCAAGAAAGGUUUGUCUCCGCACUGUAAUGGCAGCGACUGUGGCUACUCAUCCAGCAUGGAGGGCAGCGAAACAGGAUCUCGAGAGGGCUCAGAUGUGGCCUGCACUGAAGGCAUUUGCAACCAUGAUGAAAAUGGAGAUGAUUCAUGUGUCCAUCGCUGUGACGACAAGGAGGAGGAUGGAGAUAGCUGUGUGGAAUGUUGGGCAAAUUCAGAAGAGAAUAAUACAAAAGGCAAAAGUAAAAAGAAGAAAAAGAAAAGUAAAGCUUUGAAGUGUGAGAAUGAACAUGUAAGGAAUAUAGCUAUUCCAGAAUGCUUAUUUCAUUGCCUACAUUUUAAAGUCAGUCCAAAGAUUCAGAAGCUUGGAAGCUGUACAGCUGAUCCAGGUAACAGAGAGACCUCAGGAAAUAUGCACACAGAGUUUCAUCGUGACAAGACCAAAGACACACGUGCUGAAAGCUGCUGUAGCUCAGAAAAAAGUGGGCAGCAGUUGCCUUGGUUUGAGCAUAUGAAAAAAGUGUCACAGUUUGCAGAACCGACGGAAAUGUCACUUGCUCCUGAUACUGGGAAAGGUGCCAAGAGCUUAGUGGAACUCCUUGAUGAGUCUGAAUGCACUUCUGACGAGGAAAUCUUUAUCUCCCAAGAUGAAAUCCAGUCCUUCAUGGCGAACAACAAGUCUUUUUACAGCAAUAGAGAACAAUACCGACAGCACCUGAAGGAGAAGUUUAAUAAAUACUGCCGCCUAAAUGAUCACAAGGGGCCCGUGUGUAACGGUUGGUUGACAACAGCUGGAGUGAACUAAACCCAAUAAAGCAGCUCUGUCUUUCACUGAGAUUCUUGAGAUGACUACUGCGCCUUCUUUCAGACUUAAUUUAGUGACUUACGGCAAAAUUUUCUCUUAAAUUAAUGUGAUUUUUUUUUUCCUUGGGUUUUUUUUUUGGUGGGGGGGGCUGGGUGGAGGUGAUUUUAUUAAUUUUUUGUUCUUUCUUCAGGCUUGUAUCUUUAGUUGAGUAGCUGUGCAAGCCUCUCUUUAUAAUUUAAGCCAUCUCUUUUCAUUAAAUGUUUCUCUUACUGUGAGACUUAACAAACAAAGGCAAACCUAGUGGCAAAGUAAUGUUGUACCUAUAAUUCUGUACAGAAUGACAAUGAGCUGAAUAUAAGAUUUUACAAAGUAGACAUCCAUUUGCAAAAUGUUUUGGAUGUAAUAUGUUAAAGCGCAAUGUGCAAAAUUUAAAUAAAGAAUAUUUAUUAAUAUGCAUAGUA